AUGGAGAGCGGGAACUCAUUGAUUGGAACAACGGCAUUGACCACUGAUAGAGGUGAUGUCCAGUUGAAGAUGGGGGCUGAAUUUGAGGUGUUCUUGAAUUUUAGAGGACCUGACACUCGCCUAAAUUUUGCCGACUGCCUCUAUCACUCCAUGGAUGGAGCUGGUAUUCGCGUUUUCAGAGACGAUGAAGAGAUUAGAAAAGGCGAAGCCAUCGGAGGCGAAUUGGAGCGUGCGAUCAAGAGCUCCACAAUCUGUAUGCCUAUUUUCUCUAGAAACUACGCGUCGAAUCCCGAUGAUGUUCAGCUCAAAACCGGGCUAUACCACGAGACUCUGCAGAAGCAAGAGGAGAAGUUUGGCUGCGAUGUAGUCCAGCAAUGGAAGGAGGCUCUAAGGGAGGUCGCUCGUAUCAAAGGAUGGCAUCUCGGAGAUAGAGGUUACGGUGAACUCAUUAGAUUAAUCGUUGCUGAAGUUUUGAUCAAGCUGAAUAGCAGAGAGAAAAAUCUGCCCGAUGAUUUAGUCGGAAUUCAGAAUCAAUUUGAAGACGUUAUGCAUCUAUUAGAUGAAGGUUCUCCUGAUCUUUCUUUCGGAUGUUCGAGAAGCUUCAAAGGGCGGCAAAUUCAUUCAAUUGCAAAGACAAUUAUUGUCAGAAAUUCUCAACUUCACACCAAUGGAGAUUUUUAA